AUGGCUGGCAGCAGUAGGCUCUACGAUGCGGUGCACCGGCGCCUGUUGUGUCGCGAUUCUAUGAGGAACGGGUACGUUCUUGUCUCGGAGGAGCGGGAGGAGGAGGAGGAGGAGGAGGAGGAGGAGUCGGGAUCUGAGUACUCGGGGUCGACGUGUUGCUGCUGCUGCUGUGGUUGCUGCUCGAGUUGCGGGUCGAGUUGUUCUAGUGAUAGCGGUUUGGACGAGAGUGAAAGUGGUGGGAGUGGUGACGAUGUUGAUGAUGAGGAGGAGUUUUGGAGUGAUUGUGAGAGUUGUUGGGGGAGGAGGAGGAGGAGGAGGAGGGGAUGUUGUGGUUGUGGGCGUAUGCAGGGGGAAGAGACUGCCCUGGAACAGCAUCGCCAUCGGCAUCAUCAGGAGAGGAACAACAGUCAUGGUCAACACGGACAAACCAGACGCACAGAGGCUCACCAACGAGGCCAGCAGAACAACAACAACAACAACAACAACAACAGUAACAGCAAUACCUCACCUCGAAAUAUGACCUCGGCAAACAACAGCCCCAACACAACUUCCACGCCCAUCGCCGCUCAUCGAAGCAGCAGCAUCACAGAGCGCAUCCUCUCCACCGCCAGACACAACAUCCACCAGGAAGAGAACCGUCUUCGGACGUUGAUGCGCGUGAUUGAGGACGUGCGUCGGCGGCAACAACAACAACAGCAGCAGCAGCAGCAAAACAUGCAUUCAGGGGCUACUACCACGUCCAACGUCAACGCUACUGCUGCUGCUGCUGUUGGGAGGAACAGACAGACUGGGGAUUCGUCUCGUGCGGCUGCGGGUGUUCGCGGAGAAGAUGCGGGGAAGAAGAUUCGACGAUUGGUCCGUCUCGUUGACAGGGUGAAAAAGGCCGAGCAUCUUGUGCAUCUCUUGCUGUUUAUGGUAGCUGCAUUCAGCUGUCUGACCGGACCAAGGGGUAGUAAGCAAGCAAUGUAUAAGACGAGAGAGGAGGAGGAGGAGGAGGAGGAGGAGGAGGAGGAGGAGGAGGAGGAGGAGGAGGAGGAGGAGGAGGAGGAAGGAGUUGGGGAAAAAAGCAAAAAACAAGGGUCUGGCCGGGGAUUGAACCCGGGACCUCUCGCAUAUCAGCUGUAG